AUGACCAGAGAGAAAAUCAAGAUUUCUCAAGACAAACAGAAAAGUUACUGUGAUGGCUGGAGGAAACCAUUAGAGUUUCAAGAGGGAGAUCAUAUGUUUUUAAAGGUUUCACCUACCACUGGAGUCGGCAGAGCCUUGAAAUCCAAAAAGUUGUCAUCCAACUUUAUUGGACCCUUUGAAAUUUUGCAAAAGGUUGGCUCAGUAGCUUACCGAAUUUCCUUACCACCUAGCCUUUCAAAUAUGUAUCCAGUUUUUCAUGUGUCCCAACUCAGAAAAUACAUCCCGGAUCUAUCUCAUGUGAUCGAACUUGAUCCUAUCCAAGUUCGAGAAAACCUCUCUUCUAAUGUAUUUCCGGUGAAGAUUGCCGAUCAUCGAGUCAAGCAAUUAAGGGGCAAAGAGAUAUCUUUGGUGAAAGUGAUAUGA